AUGAAUAAUUUGCCAAGAAAUUCUCAAUUUGAUUCAUCUUCCAUCAUCAAUGAUUUACCUUUAGACCUUCUCGACGAGAUUCUCUUCAGAUUAGAACCCAAAUCUAUGGCUAUGAUGCGAUGCACUAACAAUUCUAUCAAAUCAUAUUUAAGUGAUCCAAGAUUUGGACCGGAAUAUCCUUCAUGGGUCAGACCUAGUUUGUUUAACCUUGGUAGCUAUGGCGCUACUUAUGUAUGUUGCCAUCCUUUGGUCUCUUCAUGCGAUUAUAUGUCACCGGGAAAUGGAGUAGAACUGUUUGAUGGUAGUGCGGAUUGUUACAUUUUCGGCUCAUGCUCUGGUCUUCUCCUAUUGUACAUUGGUUGUCUCUUUGUUGCAAAUCCCUUAACAAAAAGGUUUCGAAUCCUGGAUCAUUCUGGAUCAAAGCUUAUACCAAUGAUAGUUAAUGGUGGACUUAAAGGUCUUAGCGGAAUUAGUUAUCCUGGAGGUAAUGUUGCUUGUACGGAACGAGCGAUGUGCGUUGGAUUUGCGGUAAAUCGAAAUCUAACAACCAAGAGAUUCAAGAUCGUGGGCAUACUCGAGAUGGAAAACGUAUACGGAUUCGAGAUCAACGAAGGAGACUCUUGGAGAUUAUCGGAAACGAGUAUCACCACUAGCUCAAAAAGUGAUCUCACUACGCGGAUGAAACCUGUUUACUUGGACAACACUCUUCACUGGCUGAGAAACGAUGGCAGCAUCAUGUCUUUUAAUCCCGAGACAGAGCAAGCAUGCUUGAUUCCUUCCAUAUUUCAUCGGGAACCGGAUACGAAGCUACUUUUCGCGGAAAGCGUUAAGAUCAAUCGCCUGACCCUAAUUUCGGGGACGAUAGAAACAAUCUCCGUUUACACACUUGUCGAGAAUCACAAAUGGACACUCACAAGGCGGAUCAAGAACAUAUCUAUCGAGGAAGAAACGCUUGUAUAUUGGAACAUAGCUAUGUACGAUGGCAAGUGUCUUGUGGUGAGGGUGAAAAAGAUGGGUUUAGAACCUUUGGCAAGUGUUCUUCAUGUGUACGACAUGGAAGCUAACAGUUGGGGAGUUUUGGUGUCAACCCUUGCUUGGCCCAAUUGCGUCCGAGAUUUCUAUAAAUUGACGCCCUCCUUGUUCUUUGUAGAGGAGGAUGAGCAACAGAAGGUGCUUGUUGCUUCUAAUGACCGACGCAUCUCCUAUAUAAAUUCGAUUAUGGGACUCAUUGAUACCACCAAGUAA